AUGGCAAAUGCUUCUGUGAACAUCACCUGUCCUGUCGACUACGUCGAACUGCUCAACCUCCUCGGCGAUCACCCAAUAUCUGGAGCAGAUGUCGCCGCCCAAUGCCCUGAUGUCUGUAGUAUUGCAUGGGGAGAAGGGAAUCCGGACUUGUCCGGAAUUGGGGCAUACACGUCCUACAUCAUCCAAACCGUGUUCACGCUGUUAUUUCAGAUGCCCUUCAUCGUCCUCUACGUCUGGUCCCUGGACAAGCGUCGUAAGGCCCUGGUGCACUUCUACGAAGUCUUCUUCAAGACCUACGCCCUCUUCAAUCUCUCGGUGCUGCUGGCCUCACUCGUGCGCACGACGUCCAGCGUCGUCGACUCGGGCUACGAGCUCGUCUACGUGAGCUAUCUGGUCGUCUUCUGCUCGACCGGCAUGCUCGCCCUCUCGUCGACGCCCGUCAUCAUCAAGCUGCUUGAGCCGCUGAUCUGUGCGGACGAGGACUACACCUGGCCGCUCGCGCCGGCCAAGCUCCUGCUCUUCGCCGGCGUCGCCGUCUUCAACUUCACCGCCGCCAGCUACCGGCUCUUCAAGCCGCCCAGCGCGCUCAGCUUCCGCCGGCUGUACCCCAAGCUCGCUGAUAUGUGCCAGGCGUACGCCGCAGUCCAUCCGCCCAGCGAGUGGAUCGGCUACGUGUGGUUCGCGAGCUGCGUGGUCCUGGCGGGAUCCUGCACCGUCGUCUACGUGUCGCACCUGCGGCGGCGGCAGGGGCGAACCUUACCGAGGGCCAUGGUCCGGGCCGUGGUGUUCAGCCUCGCCGUGCUGUUCUUGGCGAUAGACGCGCUCUUCCUCUGGCUCUUCGCGCGGCUGCGUGACUGCCGCGGCGACCUCAAGACUAUCAUGGGCCCCGAUUUCGAGGACUCCCGCUGGGGCUUCGGCCAGGUGCUGGCCCUGUUCCUGUGGAUCGAGACUAUAGCCAGCCUCCUGUGGGCCGCGGGCACGGCCACGGUGCGCAAGGGCAGGACGUGGAGUAUGAAGAGGCAGGCGAGUCAAGGGGCCGCUGGUGGGUGGCCAGAUUACGCUCCUGGCUCCCCACCGCAUGAAUUGCAUAGGUUAUGGAUGACGAAAUAA